ACGAAUAUACCGUCGUAUUUGGCCGUUUGAGGAAAAUUAAAGUCGUUAGCAAGUGACGACAGAGCAUGAAAAGGAUUGCACUGGAGAAUGUUUUUUUGUAAACGAAACCAAAGAAAAUCGUUGUGUUCAUAGUGAGAGCUGUCGUGGGAGGAACUCCUCAAAAGGACAUCAAGAUUCGGCAGCUCAAGUUUAUUAACAACCACACAAGCCACAUCAGGUCGACAUUGAAGCGUAAUUUUAAAAAAGAGAAUAAAACAGAAAAUGAUGCUGAGUCCAGACCAGCCUGACUCGGACCUCCCGUGGGGCCAGUCCGACGCCGAAUCGGUGCUGAAUGACAUCAAAAUCGGCUGCGUCUCCGACGAACCGAUGGAGGGCGAGGGGAAGUCGAGGUCGUUGGCACCACAGGCUCUUAGCAGGGAGGAGAAGCGAAGGCGACGACGCGCGACUGCCAAGUACCGCUCGGCCCACGCCACCCGCGAACGGAUCCGGGUCGAGGCUUUCAACGUGGCUUUCGCGGAACUGAGAAAGUUGUUGCCGACCUUGCCACCAGACAAGAAGCUUUCCAAGAUCGAGAUUCUUAGGCUCGCGAUUUGCUACAUCUCCUAUCUCAACCACGUUUUGGACGUAUAGA